AAAAUCAAUUCUCAUCGUUGGAUUUUUAAUGCAUUCAGCCCAAUACUCGAACCUAAAAUAUGCGUUCUUAUUGACGUUGGCACCAAACCAGGAGCAAAUGCUAUUUAUAACUUGUGGGAAACAUUUGAGUUACAUCCAAAAGUUGCAGGUGCCUGUGGUGAAAUAGUUGCCAUGAAAGGUCGUGGUUGGUAUAAGUUGUUAAAUCCGAUUGUGAGCGCUCAGAAUUUCGAAUAUAAAAUAUCUAAUAUUCUAGAUAAACCACUCGAACAUGUACUUGGAUACAUUACUGUUUUGCCUGGGGCUUUUUCAGCAUAUCGUUAUGAUGCUCUU